AGAUACAAAAUUCUCUACCUCAUUUCUGCGAUAAACAAAAUAUAGUUCCAAAAAGUUGUAAUUUACAUCAUCAUCACAAUUUUUUUACCUUCUUCUUUUAUAUCAUAAUCAUCAUCAUCGUCUUAUUGUUUGUAUCAUUAAUAUCACCGAUCUGAGUCACCGAGUUACUUCCGUGUCACUUCGGUAACUCGGUCGUCUCAUUUUUUUUUGUUUCUAAAUUGUGUUUGAUGACAAGGAAGGAGAUCGAUAGGGCUUUCUAGUCAUCAUUUUCAAUGGCGGCACCAGUCAAUAUUAUUGUAGGUUCGCAUGUGUGGGUUGAAGAUCCUGUUUUAGCAUGGAUUGAUGGGGAAGUGACUAGAAUCAAUGGGCAGGAGCUUCAUGUACAUACCACAAAGGGGAAGACGAUUGUUACAAAUUUCUCAAAAGCGUACCCUAAGGAUACUGAAGCUCCCCCUGGAGGUGUCGAUGACAUGACACGGCUCUCAUAUUUGCAUGAACCUGGGGUGUUACAGAAUUUGGCAGCCAGAUAUGAGCUUAAUGAGAUUUAUACAUAUACCGGGAAUAUUUUAAUUGCUAUAAAUCCGUUUCAAAGAUUACCUCAUCUGUAUGAUACACACAUGAUGGAACAAUAUAAAGGAGCAGGAUUCGGGGAACUUAGUCCCCAUGUUUUUGCUGUAGCUGAUGUUGCAUAUAGGGCGAUGAUUAAUGAAGGAAAAAGCAAUUCAAUCUUGGUCAGUGGAGAAAGUGGUGCUGGUAAAACUGAAACAACAAAGAUGCUCAUGAGAUAUCUUGCACAUUUAGGUGGUCGAUCUGGAGUCGAAGGACGCACAGUUGAACAGCAAGUCUUGGAAUCAAAUCCAGUCCUAGAAGCAUUUGGCAAUGCAAAAACUGUCAGGAAUAACAACUCAAGUCGUUUUGGUAAAUUUGUUGAGAUACAGUUUGAUAAGAGUGGGAGGAUAUCUGGAGCAGCUAUUCGAACUUACCUUCUUGAAAGGUCUCGUGUUUGUCAGAUAUCAGAUCCUGAAAGAAACUACCACUGUUUUUAUCUUCUUUGUGCCGCACCACCUGAGGACAGAGAGAAGUUUAAAUUGGAAAGUCCACAGUCGUACCAUUAUUUGAAUCAGUCAAAGUCGUUUGGGCUCGAGGGUGUAAGUGAUGCUCAUGAGUAUCUUGCCACCAGGAGGGCAAUGGACAUUGUUGGAAUCAGUGAAGAGGAACAGGAUUCAAUUUUCAGGGUUGUAGCCGCAAUUCUUCAUCUUGGUAAUAUUGAGUUUGCAAAGGGAGAGGAGAUAGACUCUUCAGUGCUUAAAGAUGAGAAAUCUAGAUACCAUCUAAACGUGACAGCUGAGUUGCUCAUGUGCGAUGCCAAAAGUUUGGAGGAUGCACUGAUCAAACGUGUUAUGGUAACACCAGAAGAGGUCAUCACAAGAACUCUUGAUCCUGAAGCUGCACUUGGUAGUAGGGAUGCUUUAGCUAAGACGGUCUACUCUCGCUUGUUUGACUGGAUUGUGGAGAAGAUAAACAAUUCAAUUGGACAGGAUCCAAACUCAAAAUCACUGAUUGGGGUCCUUGAUAUAUAUGGGUUUGAGAGUUUUAAACAUAACAGUUUUGAGCAGUUCUGCAUCAACUUCACAAAUGAAAAAUUGCAACAACAUUUCAAUCAGCAUGUGUUUAAAAUGGAACAAGAAGAGUACACAAAAGAGGCGAUAGAUUGGAGCUACAUAGAGUUCGUUGACAACCAAGAUGUUUUGGAUCUUAUUGAGAAGAAACCUGGUGGAAUCAUUUCACUUCUGGAUGAAGCCUGCAUGUUCCCUAAGUCGACUCAUGAGACAUUUGCCCAGAAGAUGUACCAAACCUAUCCGAAACACAAGCGCUUCAUCAAACCAAAACUUUCUCGCACUAGUUUUACAAUAGCUCAUUAUGCAGGGGAGGUGACUUAUUUGGCUGACCAGUUUCUAGAAAAAAACAAGGAUUAUGUUGUGGCUGAACAUCAAGAUUUAUUAACUGCCUCGAAAUGCCCUUUCGUUGUUGGUCUAUUUCCUCCACUUCCUGUAGAGUCAUCCAAGUCUUCCAAGUUUUCCUCCAUAGGUUCCCGCUUUAAGCUGCAACUUCAGUCUUUAAUGGAAACCUUGAGUACAACAGAACCUCACUACAUUAGAUGUGUGAAGCCGAACAAUGUUCUCAAGCCUGCUAUUUUUGAGAACCUAAACAUCAUCCAACAAUUACGCUGUGGUGGAGUUCUGGAGGCAAUCAGAAUCAGUUGUGCUGGUUAUCCGACCAGGCGAACAUUUGAUGAGUUUCUUCUCCGUUUUGGUGUUCUCUAUCCCGAUGUUCUGGAUGGAAACUAUGACGAGAAGGUUGCAUGCCAGAUGCUGCUAAAUAAAAUGGGAUUGAAAGGCUACCAGAUUGGCAAGACGAAGGUGUUUUUACGAGCUGGUCAAAUGGCAGAACUUGAUGCAAGGAGGGCAGAAGUUCUUGGGAAUGCGGCUAAAAUCAUUCAAAGGCAAAUGCGUACUUAUAUUGCACGCAAGGAGUAUAUUUCAAUUCGCAAAGCUGCUAUCCAGUUGCAGGCUUGCUGGCGAGGUUUAUCAGCCUGCAAGCAGUUUGAGCAGCUGAGAAGACAAGCAGCGGCAAUCAAGAUUCAGAAGGACUUCAGAUGUUUUGUUGCUAGUAAAUCAUAUUUAACACUCCGGGUUUCUGCAAUCACAUUGCAAACAGGCUUGAGAGCAAUGAUUGCUCGAGAUCAAUUCAGACACCGCAAGCAAACAAAGGCUGCAAUUUCUAUACAGGCUCACUACCGUUGCUACAAAGCAUCUUCUUACUACAAGAGUCUUCAGAAGGCUGCAUUAUAUACUCAGUGUGGUUGGAGGAGAAGAGUUGCCAGGAGGGAACUCCGGGAGCUCAAAAUGGCUGCAAGGGAGACUGGUGCCCUUAAAGAGGCGAAAGACAAACUAGAAAAGCGCGUGGAAGAGCUAACAUGGCGUUUGCAGCUAGAGAAGCGAUUAAGGAGUGAAUUAGAAGAGACAAAAUCCCAAGAAACUGCAAAGUUGCAGGAAGCUCUACGGAUGAUGCAAACCCAAAUAGAUGAAGCAAAUGUUAAAGUAAUAAAAGAGCGUGAGGCAGCACGAAAAGCUAUUGAAGAAGCUCCUCCAGUCGUUAAGGAAACCCCAGUCAUAGUUCAGGACACUGAAAAAAUUGACACCUUGUCAGCUGAGGUUGAAAGCUUGAAGACUUUGCUGCAAAGUCAAAAGCAGGAGGUAGAAGAGACUAGAAAGUCUUUGAUAGAAGCUGAUACCAGGAAUGCCGAUCUAAUGAAAAAGUUUGAAGAAGCUGAGAAAAGAGCAGACCAGCUUCAAGAGUCUACUCAAAGGCUUGAAGAGAAGCUUUCCAAUAUGGAGUCUGAGAAUCAAGUUCUUCGCCAGCAAGCACUAACAAUGUCACCUACUGGAAAAUCUCUAUCUGCACGACCAAGAACUAUGAUUAUUCAGAGAACUCCAGAAAAUGGGAGUGCUCAAAAUGGAGAAGCAAGGGCGGCUACACCUGAGACGGCACAUGUUAUGUCCAAUUCGAGAGAGCCUGAGUCUGAGGAGAAACCACAAAAGUCUCUCAAUGAAAAGCAACAAGAAAAUCAGGAUCUGCUUAUCAAGUGUAUCACACAAGAUCUUGGAUUCUCGAGUGGCAAACCAGUUGCUGCUUGUUUGAUAUACAAAAGUCUUCUUCAUUGGAGGUCGUUUGAAGUUGAAAGAACUACUGUGUUUGACCGGAUUAUCCAGACCAUUGCUUCGGCUAUAGAUGUCCAGGAUAGUAAUGAUGUGUUGGGUUACUGGUUAUGCAACACAUCCACAUUGCUGACACUACUUCAACAUACCCUUAAAGCAAGUGGGGCGGCUCAUAUGACUCCACAGAGGCGGAGAUCGUCAUCAGCCUCACUUUUUGGAAGAAUGUCACAAGGAUUACGGGCAUCUCCUCAAAGUGCCGGCCUUUCAUUUCUUAAUGGUCGAGUCCUCGGUAGACUUGAUGAUGUACGUCAAGUGGAAGCCAAGUAUCCAGCUUUGUUGUUUAAACAACAACUUACUGCAUUUCUUGAGAAGAUAUAUGGAAUGAUGAGAGACAAUCUUAAGAAAGAAAUAUCUCCAUUGCUUGGAUUAUGUAUCCAGGCUCCGAGGACAUCUCGUGGAAGUUUAGUUAAAGGACGUUCACAAGCUAAUGCCGUUGCUCAACAAGCAUUAAUUGCUCAUUGGCAGAGUAUUGUCAAAAGCCUUGAUAAUUAUUUGAAGACGAUGAAAGCAAAUUUUGUGCCUCCAUUUUUGGUUCGCAAAGUGUUCACUCAGAUAUUCUCGUUUAUCAAUGUUCAGUUAUUUAAUAGUCUUCUUUUGAGGCGAGAGUGCUGCUCGUUCAGUAAUGGUGAAUAUGUGAAGUCGGGGUUGGCUGAACUUGAACAAUGGUGCUGUUAUGCAACUGAAGAAUAUGCGGGCACAGCUUGGGAUGAGUUGAAGCAUAUAAGACAGGCUGUUGGUUUCCUGGUUAUACAUCAAAAACCCAAGAAGACUUUGAAUGAAAUAACAAAUGAACUUUGUCCGGUGCUUAGCAUACAGCAGCUAUACAGGAUUAGCACGAUGUAUUGGGAUGACAAAUAUGGCACACAUAGUGUCUCUUCAGAAGUCAUUUCAAGUAUGAGAGUUAUGAUGACAGAAGACUCAAACAAUGCUGUGAGCAGUUCAUUUUUGUUGGAUGAUGACUCUAGCAUACCAUUCUCUGUGGAUGACAUAUCCAAAUCAAUGCCACAAGUGGACAUAGGUGACAUUGAACCUCCUCCGUUGAUUCGUGAAAACUCAGGUUUCGUAUUUUUACAUCAACGGGCAGAGUAAUGGUUGAAUGGAUGAAAAAGUGGGACGAAAACGACAUGCCAUCCUUUUGAUGUCAUGGCUGAAUACCUGUGAAUACAGUGUUUUUUGGUACAUUCAUUACGGUGUGCUAUACUUCUUUUUUUUUUUUUUUUGUCAUUUUCCCAGGCAGUUUGGGUUUUUAGUAAUGUCUGGGUUCCAAUUUAUUUUGUGCCCCUUUGAGCCAGUGGGUUGGGUUGUAAAGGGGUGAUUUAUUCAUUAGAUAUGAUAUGGCAAUCCAUAAAAUUGCCAAAAGUGUGGUGUUUUAUCGUUUUGAAAUAUUUGUAUCGUAAUGGGAGGGUGAAUGUAGGGCUUCAUAUUUUUAUAGUUGCAAAUUGUUAGGUUACAAUUUGUGGUAGUUGUCGAAAAAGGAAAACUGUAUAGCUGAAUUCUGUAUAUGACAUCUUCCCUUAAAAGAUCUACGAUGUGUCAAAUUUUACUUUUCA